AUGGACUUAGUGGGGCCCUUCUGCAUGCACUGCUGCAAAGGGAAUGUGGAUGGCGUUUCAGACAGGAAGCUCUGCUCGGGCUUAGGCUUACAAGCGGAGUCUAGAGGGGUAGGGAAUGAGGGCGAUGCUGGCGAGGAUGGUUCCCUGAAGCUCCACUCAUGCACGCUCUGUGGUUUCUCGUCACGCUACACCAACCACAUUACGAGACACAUGAAGACACACAAUGGCGAAAAGCCGUACGGGUGUCCGCUGUGCUCCUAUGCAUCGGCACAACUAGUGAACCUGCAAAGGCACUUGCGCAUACACACUGGGGAAAAGCCCUAUAAGUGCAACCACUGCACGUUUGCAUGCAGUUCCUUAGGGAACCUGAAGAGGCACCAGCGCAUGCAUGCAGCUGUAAGCCCGGGUCAGAGUGCCCCUCAGCCAGUAAGUGGCAAUGGUUUAAAUCACACCAGCGCGAGUCAGAAGGAAAAGAAAGCGUCUCCUGCCCCCUCUGAAGUUGCAGGUGCUGUGCAGUCUGCCUCGCGACCCCACGUGGGAAGGGAUGGGAACUACUUGCACACCCUUGAUGGCCUGAGGCUUCCACAGCAGUCAUCGGCAGGGGUGUUGCAGUCAGGACAGGCUGCUUCUGAACCUGCCACUCUACCCCCCAUGUUCUUCCCCUUCACUUGUCGGCUGUGCAGCAUGGCCCUGGAUGACGAGGAUGGAUCCUCGGCCCAGAUAUGUGCAAAGUGCACCCUGGAAAUGCUAACUAAGGACACACCCGGAUGCCCCGCUGAGCGAGGGGACAAAGUCUACACCUGUGCUGCCUGCCCCUUCCUCACCCACUACCCGAACCACCUGGCCCGCCACAUGAAGACCCACAGUGGAGAGAAGCCAUACAAGUGCCCACAGUGCGACUACGCCUCCGCCCACUUCGACAACCUCAAGCGGCACCAUCGAGUACACACCGGCGAGAAACCCUACAAGUGCCACCUGUGUGACUAUGCUUGCGGCAACCUGGCUAAUCUCAAGAGGCACCAGCGGGUGCAUUCAGGUGCCAAACCCUUUCAGUGCGCCAUCUGCAACUACAGCUGCAACCAGAGUAUGAACCUGAAGCGGCACAUGUUGCGCCACACGGGCGAGAAGCCCCAUAAGUGCCAAGAGUGUGGCUACACCACUGGCCACUGGGACAACUACAAACGACAUCAGAAGAAGCACAGCCUGACUACAGGUGGCUGGGUUGAAGUGCAGAUGCCAGGAAAUGAGGAAGAGUUGGAGGACGAGGAAGAGGAAGAGGUGUAGCCUCUUAUUGCAAGACCGUUGUCCAUAUGAGAUUUUACUGUUACAGCAUAAGUUUUGUUGGUUGUUCUUCUUUUUAUUUGUGCCAAGAGUUAUUUUGAAAGUCAUUAUUUUAGACACUUGGAAUUAUCCUCAAGCUGCUACAUGAAGUCAUGCACAAAUUAAAAGACAGUAACCUGAAUGUCCUAAUGCACGGUUUGUCCAGUCUUGCUCCUGAAGGGCCGACCUUCCUUCAGACUCUAAAUAAACACACCUGAAACGUCUAAUCAAGAACUUUAGGAUUACUUGAAACUUCCUGCCAGGUUUGUGAGAGAUGGUUGGCGCUAAACUCUGCAGGAAGGUGGUCCUCCUGGAGCAGGUUUGGACACUCCUGAUUAAUGCCUUUGAACAAG